CCUUUGGUGACCUGAGCUUACGGAUCCUGCAUCUCAGCUUUAGCGACAUUUUGAUCAUUAAGUUCUCUGUGAGAACGAUACCAUAACAUGCUGCCGCUAUCUUUUGAACUCUACAUGAGUCAAGAAGCUGUCUCCUUCCAUCGCUCUGCCAAGGUGAUGGAUAGAUGUCCUUCCGCUGCCAUGCUGCGGACUCCUUUUCGUGCGUCAGGUGGGCCGGAGGACAGCAAGACUACCGGAAAGAAAGCGGGGGUUCAGGCCGGACCAGAGGGGACGAGGGCCAGCCAGACAUGGCAUGACACGACGCGGCCCCGUACACGAUCCAACCCACGAGGCGCGGCAAGCAUUGCAAGCUACAUAUCCUCACUUUGCAGUGUACCAAUGCUAAAGCCCCCGUGCGCACGUCUGGUGCAGCAACAUGAUGGUUCAGUGGCCCUUGCCGGGAUCAUGAUGUGUGGUUUAUCUACAAACCCAAGAUUGGCUGCGGUCCAGCGUAUCCGAAGUUUUCAGUGUCAGCCGGUUAGUCCAGUCAAUUUUUGGAGAAUGACAGCAGGCAAGCCUAUCGGCGACUAUGGAGCAUCGAUAGGGCGGACUACAUGCGUGCUAUUUUGGCUGCCCGGUCUUACGACCACUUCAUCGCCCAUAAUCUUGCGUACAGGUGUGUAUGCUACGCUGGUCACCGGCUGCGAGCUCCGGUGCAAGGUCGUUCUUAGGCCCCUGCCAAGUUAUCGCCCAAGUAGUAAAACAACGCUGAGGAGACAGGCACUACGUUGUUGUUACUGGCCGCAGCAUACAGCCCACCUGCCUAGCGACGACAUGCAACGCUACGCCGGAUUGGAUCGGAACAGGGUUGGCUGCAUAUUCGAAUCAGCUAGACGGGGCUAGACUGGACAGGACUAAGAGAGAACACAGAGCAAGGAAACUGACUUGUCAAUGUAAAUUGGGCUUCGCGGCAGGAGAAAUGAUCAGCGUUACAUAUUCUCGACACGUUGAGGUAGAGGAGCCUGGAAGACCUGGAAAUAAAGCACCUUUCCCAGGUUAGCAGACGAGAAGUGCGAGGCACUUAAAGCAUAUAUGCGAACUCACCUUCAACGGCCCUUCGGCCUCUUCCCGCUGAAUUCUAUCCCCCAUUGCC